UUCUCAGGAAUCUCCAAGACUCGCUGAAAGGACGCCUGCUGUGCUGUUAAAAUGGUGAAGUACGAAGUGACUGUAUUUACUGGCAGUUUAGUUAACUCUGGCACUCUUAACAACGUCUACAUUAAGCUGCUGGGGGAGGAUGGAGAGAGUCAUCACAGCUGGCUCAUUGACAUCAGAGGAGCUUUAGCUUUCAGCACUGGAGCGGUGUCCACGUUUACCGUGUCCACCCCUGAUUCCAUUGGAAAGCUUCUCCUGAUAGAGCUGGACAAACAGCCUCUCCCAUUUUUCCCUCAAGAUUCCUGGUACCCCUCCAAGGUAAAAGUGAAAUCCCCUGAAGGACACAUCUACAGCUUUCCCAUCUACCGCUGGAUCAAUGAUGGCGAGGUGCAUCGUUUCAGAGAGGGAACAGCUCUGAGAGUCUAUGAGGACACCCAUCCUCUCGGCAAGUACGAUCGUCUGCGGGAGCUGCAGAAGCGAGGAGAAGAUUACGGCUGGGCGGUGUAUGCAGAGGGGAUGCCACACUGCAUCAAGGCACAAAAUACUCUCUCUCUGCCUUUAGAAGUCCGCUUCUCCUUCACCAAGAACACCGAGUUUUUAUUCACUGCAGUUGGAGGACUGGCUGAGCUGAAACUGGAAGGACUGGCUGACUGCACAGAGAGGUGGACUGAUAUCGAAGCUGUUCACCGGGUGUUCUGCUGCAAACACACCAGGAUAUCAGAAUAUGUCCACAGACAUUGGAAAGAGGAUGCUUUUUUCGGCUAUCAGUUUCUAAAUGGUGUGAAUCCCACGCUGAUCCGACGAUGCUCAGUCCUCCCUGACAACUUUCCUGUGUCUGAAAGUCUGAUCUACCUCCCUGGUCAGUCUACCUUGGAUGAUGAACUGGAGAAUGGCAACAUCUACCUGUGUGACUACAAGCUCCUGGAUGGAGUGGAAACAAACACCGUCAACGGGAAGCAGCAGUACUUGACGGCUCCCCUCGUCCUGCUCCACAAAACACCUGAUGACAAGCUGAUGCCCAUUGCUAUUCAGCUGAAGCAGACUCCAGCAGAGGACAAUCCCAUCUUUUAUCCUUCAGACAGUGAAUACGACUGGUUGAUGGCCAAGAUUUUUGUGAGAAGUGCCGAUUUCAACUACCAUGAACUCGACAUUCACCUGUUGCGCACUCAUCUUCUGGCUGAAGUGUUUGCCGUGUCUCUGCUGCGCAAUUUGCCCAUGGUGCACCCGCUGUACAAGCUCCUCAUCCCUCACACUCGCUACACCCUGCAGAUCAACCUCAUGGCUCGAAACCUGCUUAUCUCUGAGACUGGUGCUUUCACACUGUAUACAGCUAGUGGUGGGCAGGGUGUUCUCACAAUCCUGAAUAGAUCGAUGGCCUCAAUGACCUACAGCUCCCUCUGCAUACCAGACGACAUCGCUGAGCGUGGGGUGGGCAGCGUGCCCAACUACUACUACAGAGAUGACGGACUCAGGCUCUGGGAUAUCAUCCACAGCUUUGUGCAGGGAAUCCUCAGCUACUACUACAAGAAUGAUGCUGAGGUGGAGAAGGACUCUGAACUGCAGAAAUGGAUUUCAGACAUUUUUGUAGAGGGAUUCCUUUCCAACGCAGCGACAGGAAUUCCUCAGAACUUCACCACCGUGGCUGAGUUGGUCAAGUUUGUUACAAUGGUGAUCUUCGUCAGCUCGGUACAGCAUGCAGCUGUGAAUUCUGGCCAGUAUGACUAUGGUGGCUGGAUGCCCAACGCUCCUACCACUCUUCAGCUUCCUCCCCCAACCACGAAAGGGACAACAAGCGAGGCCACCAUGCUGCAGACGCUCCCUGACAUCAACGCAACGGUUCAUGGGAUGGCCGUGUUAUGGCUGCUCAGCAGGAAAUCCUCUGACUUCGUCCCAUUAGGCCACUACCCAGAGGAGCAUUUCUGUGAGGAGAUUCCCUGCAAGCUGAUCGAGGAUUUUCAAGGAAAGCUUGAAGUGCAAAGUCUGACCAUCAAAGUCAGAAACAAGAGUCUGGAAGUCCCAUACACAUACUUGGAUCCAACAGAAGAAGAAAACAGCGUCGCUAUUUGAAUGUGCUUGUGCCAGCACUAUUGUCAAAUUCAACUUCAUGUUGCCAAAAGUUAAACAAGGAGAAACUGAUGCUUCAGCUGAAAGAAACUAUACUGUUAUUAUUUAAUUAGUUAAUAUAGAAACUUUAGAUUUUCAGACAGGUGUCAUGAUCCGACUUUGAUUAACUUUAACUGUUUAAAUCCUGAUCAACUCUUGACAAAAGAAGAUGUUGCCUUAUGAUUGUAAAACUUUAUAAGUGAAUGAUGCCUUAAGAUUUACCGUCUCAUGUAUGAAAUUUAAAGUGUGUUUUGAUUAACUGUUUUAUGCUUCUUAGAUAAAAACAUGUAUUGCAGAUUAAGCCUUUGAUUGAACUGUUGUGUUUUUUCUUUCAAGAGCUUAUUUUAGGAAACAAUGUCAGAUACAUUACUUAGAGGUUUCUGUCAUUAAAGAGAAGUACUGUAAUCCUCAAGAGGUGAGGGAUAGUCCAAGAAUGGGGUUGUGAAAGCUACUCUUGGUAGGGAAAGACAUGUUAACUAGGGAUUUUCUAUUUCAG